AUGACAUUUGGGAAAGGAGUAUUAAAGAACAUCAUAAUCGUACUUUCCCUUGUGAUUAUUGGUUUCAUGAUGACUACGACUCUGCUACUAACCAGAGAUUAUACUUCGUACAUCAUCAACAAACGCUCGCCUUCUACUAGUCAGGAGUCCAGCUCUACCUCUGAAUCAUACAUUGAUGCAAUACAGCACAGUCCUCUGUUUAUUCAUAAAUUUUCAGAGAAUGAAUUUGGAGACAGGCAACAGAAUAAUGGGAAAAUGGUUCAAAGCUCCUCCAACACCUUUGAUCUGUAUCCUGAUGAUACAUUCGAUAUAACUCUCGUUACCUACGCAUCAGCAAGCAUGUACGAGCUAGCUCCGAAGUACUGUCGUCAAUGGGAAGGCCCGAUUGUUAUUGUCGUUUCUUAUAACCAAAACGAGGAAUCCCAACUCACCCAAUUCCUCGCCAGCAUCGCUUCCUUCCCCGCGGUCUCCGUCAUUCCCUUCCCCAUAACCGCGGUUUCCCCGGUCAAUGCAAUGAAAAACGCGGGAAUCGCCGCCGUUCGCACGACGCACUACGUCUUCGCGGAAUUCGAUUUGGUUCCAUCCUCGAAUUUGUACUCGGUUUUGAAACUGACGCCCGGGUAUUUGUGGCGCGACCCCUACUUUAUCGGCGUGAUUCCCGCGUACGAAUGGGCCCAUCCCCUCUACGACGAAGCUGCCGCCAAUUGGAGAGAGUUCGAUCGAUCCCCGCGGGGAGACAAGUCGAUUCGGCAGUGUCUGAAGGAGUACCGCUGCCGACCCAUCCAGACAGGCACCAUUCCCAUGCAGUUUCGGACGUUCUCGUACAUUUAUUGGCGGAACAUGAACUGUAUUGAUUCCGAUACGGAGAUAUAUUUCAUGGCACGCAAAUCGGAGGCUCUCCCGCGGUAUUCGGAGUCGGUGGUGGAACGCGGGUUCGAUAACGUGGAAAUGGUGGAACGGCUGCGUUAUACGGCCGCGAAAUUUGGAAUGCUGUGUUCCGGGUUUUUGUUCCGCGUUCCUGGCGUGGGGUAG